UCCAUCCACAAUUAUAAACUAAUCCAACCAUUUUUUCUCCUAUAUUUCAUCAUGAGAACUCAUAUUUUUCCUUUCCUCACUAUUUUUCUUCCCCUUUCCUUCUCCUUCAUCCUCUCAACUGUCCAUCUCUCCCUCGUGGCUUCUUCUUCCUCCUCAAAUCUCAUCCAAGACACCUGCAAAAAGUGUUCCGACACUGACCCAAAUCUCAAGUACAACUUUUGCACAGGCUCCUUCGAGUCCUCGCCCGACGGUCGCCAAUGCACCAGUCUCCGAGACUUGGGUCUCGUCUCGAUAAGAUUGACCAAAAACAACGUGACUUCUACUAAGCAUUUCAUCAAACACCUUCUCCACAAUGAUAAGAAGAAGAAGAAAUUAGACCCUUACGUAAAGGCUUGCUUGACCGACUGCAUGGAGUUGUUUAAUGAUGCGUUGUCGACGAUCAAAGUGGUUGUGAAGGAUUAUAAGGCGAAGCGAUACGACGACGCGAAUAUUAAUUUGAGUUCGGUGCUUGAUGCUUCGUCGACGUGUGAAGAUGGAUUUAAGGAGAGCGAUAGUACUAAAAAGCAUGUUGUUUCGCCUUUGACGAAGAGAAACGACAAUGCGUUUCAGCUUACUGCUAUUUCUCUUUCCAUUAUAAAUAUGCUCCAUAAUUAAAUUAAUAUUAAAAAAUAAUUUAUUUGUAUUUAAUUAUAUUGUUUAAUAUUUUAAUUAAAAAUUAAUACAUGGGUCUACACAUAAUUAU